CUAGCUGGACACACUGACAGAGAGACGAAAGUGAAAAAACUGCAUCAAUCAGAGCUCCGCUUUAAGAAGGGAAGAGAUACAGGACAAGAUGAGGAGAUGGAGGGAAAAAAGAAAGAGGAAAAAGUGAUGAAGAUGAGAGAGGAAGAGCAGGUACUGUCCACAGUGUCCAAGAUAGGAUUAGCAUCAUGUUCCAGUGCUGUUUCAUACAAAAACUUACCUGGUCACAUUCAAACGAUGUAUGCCUGAUUACCUCAAAUCUGAGAUGAUGCAAACUGCUAACACAAAGUCGAAAUAAAGAAGGUGUAAUGAUUUUACUCAAUUAUUUUUAAUACACUUUGUGUAGUGAGGAAUCACUGAGACAGGGACAUGCAGUGAAUACAGAGAAAUAAACCAAAAGAUGCUAAUGUUUCAGACAGAGAGACAAGAAAAGAUGAGAAGGGGAGUAUUUGUAUAUGGGUGCACAAGUGUUUUGUUUUUUGAGUAAAAAAACACACUAUAAAAUAUUACUUUAUACCACAAAUACAAUUGGGUUGGUGGAUAGUGGAACAUAUGUGAAAAAAUUCACAGCCAAAACAUGAAUUAGAGCCAUGUGUCUAUGCGUCAUAUCCCUUAUUUUUAAAGUUUGUCUGUCCUCCCCUGCUCUCCAGCCCAGGGAUUUUAAUUUCUUACUCUGUGGCCUCAUGAUCCUUUGCAGCUGUCACUUAAUUCUAAGAGGUUUCAGUGUCAUCACAGCCUCACGGGCAAGUGUAUAUGCACGCACACGUGUCGCAGCAUCUCAGCCCUCACACCUAGUCUGACACACAUAGACUCCUCUCCUGAGUAAUCAGCCACCUUGCCCCAGUCUGUGACCUCAUCACUUUUUUCAGCUUUGCUAUUGGCUCUUUGAUUAGCUCAUCACUUCAGAGACCCACCUUAUUUCCAGGUUUCAUCUCAGACACCAUGUGGUGCAUGGGAGCAGCUGGUUAGUGCUGAAUGUGUGAAUCACAAAAGAUGAAGAUCUUGAUUCGUUCUUUUUUUAUUGCACACUGUUUGUAUAUGUGGUCACAUGGGGGGGGGAGCUUCAGAAUCAGGAUUUUCUCACUCCUACAUGCUCUGUAGCCAACAGAGACAGUCAUUUCCUUAAUGAAUCAACCCCUCGUAUCACAAACCGAAACGCCAUCUGGGAGACUCUACUCAGGUAGAUUCUGUAGUCAGUAUAUGGUUGGAAAAUAUAGGAUAAUCUGUAUUUAUAAUCCUCAUGUGUGGUACAUUCUAAACCCCUGUGAUUUGAAUAUAAAUGGGGAAUUAUUUCUAACUUUCAUAUAUCAUCACCCUGCAUUAUUUUUAUUAAGGCUGGCAUUAAAACAAUUAUUAAACAAUAAUAUAAAUUCUACUUUUUAACAAUCCAGUUACUGUCAAUAUCUUCAAAUAAACCAGAGCAUUGUGUGUAGUCUGAACAGAUUUGAGGAAAAACAGAUUUAAAACACCAUCCCACUUAACCUGACAGUGUUAAAUAAAGUGGGACUGGGGAUUUCAGGUUAAGCGGAACAAAACUUUCGAGUAUAAAAAUUACUCAAAAAUGAUGAUAUAGAUGAUUUAAACGCUAAAACAGUAAUGAUUUGUAAGAAGUUGUUUAAAUACAGUAUAACUAUAAUGUACAAAUAUUGUAGUGGUAGUUCAUUUUUUAUAUUAAUAAGCCCACAAGAAAUGACAAACAGUGCUAGGAAGAGGUAAAAUGAAAAUGAAAUAUGAAGGAAAGCAGAGUAAAGGCAGGAAUGAAGAAUAUCCAUGGAUGAAAGACAAUAACAGGAAGAGUACAAACAGAGAAGAAGCCAAAUGUCUAAAUCUACUGUCCAAAGAUGAUAUAUUACCAAAGCAGGACCUUUUUAAAUAAGUUUUUAAGGUAUUUUCUGAUCAUUUGCUCUUAAUCACAUAACAAUGUUCCUUCUUUUAAUUAAAUGAAAUGCAGUAACUCUUGACAGCUGACCAUCCAGCAUUAAAACAACAUGUUCUUAUUUCAAGUCACACUGAGCAAGUAUUAUUGCUAAAAGUAAACUUCCUGACAGCAAGGACGCAGAGAAAUGGAGUGAAUUAAUUUCCCAGAGGAAGAAGCUUUGUCCACUGUUAUUAUUUAGCAUUAUUAUAACAUCAUUUUGGAAAGAUCUGCUUCAUUGUAAAAAUCUGACUGAGACUGAACCACAGCUUCUCUGCAGCUGUGCAGUUAGCGGAUUGUUGUGGAUAAUGGAUCGUUUAUAUCAGAGGACCAGUUCCAUCGUAAAUCAGCAGUAAUUCAAUUUGUCAGCCACCUCUAAUACCCACCACUUGAAUAUGAUGUAACUGCUAAGAAAAAAAAUCCCACGAUCAAAAUGUGUAUUCAAAGGUCAGCUUACAAUGUGAUCAUUUUCAGAGGAAUCUGUAAUGCAGUUUUCAGUCUUACCACCACAACAUGCAAUUUGCAACUCUUUAACCCUGUUUGUCGUUUAGAAGCCGUCCCUUAGGACAGUACAAUAGGUUAUUUAUGUUGCACAAGUGAGGGAGAGGCCCAGGUUCACGGUUAAUAGUAGCAGAGUGGUGUGGAGUGAUGUAUGGUUAUGGCCAAUUAGAUUGGCUGUGGGCAGAUUUAUGACGGGCACAGCCAUUUCUUUUCCCUGUCUCUGCCUCACACACACAUACACACACACACGCACACGUCUUUUCUAGUGUUAUUUUGCAACCCCCCCUCCCGACACACCAUGUUGUUGUGUCCUCUGUCUCUUUGAUUCACUCAUUCAUUCGCUCUCUCCACCUCAGGUUCUCUAAUUUCUUCUCUUUCUAAUUCUUUCACGUUCUCUUUUGUACUUCACACAGUCAUUCUGCAUUAUUAGCAGGCAGGAGACAGAGAGAUGAGGCUCUAAUACAACGUCUUCUGUGACACAAAAUUGAAGCUGACAGUGAAAAACAUUUGCCACACACAAAGGAGAAAUAAAAGCUCCAUAAACUCUUGUGUCUAGUGCGAAAUGCUCGAAUUGUGUGUGUGUGUCUGGUGGUGUGUUUUAUGUUUGUCUGUACGAAUGUCUGCUUCUCUCCGGGGGAAGGCACCUGGCUCUGACUCGCUGGUGUGUGUCACAGGGAUGAACCUCUUCUUAUUUUCCUGCAUUCCACAGCCACAUGUAUUUCAGAUUUUGACGGUGCAAACUUUUCUCAGUGUGUCUGAGUCUGUUUCUGGAUGGUUUUGUCUAUAUAUGGUUUUGUCCCUUUUUGCAUGCAUUUAUAUUGGAAUUAUUUGUGUGUGUGUGUGUGUGUGUGUGUGUGUGUGUGUGUGUCUUCCAAGCUUUUAAACUCCACGUAAAUAAUAUGCAGGCUUGUACCUGAAAUGACACAGUAAAUCUGUCUGCAAAACAUGCUAGUUAUUUCCUCCCUGUCUUCUCAUGCACUUACUUUUUAUGGGCCUGUUUACUUCAGUACUGUAAAACGUAUUGCCUGCUAUUUUAAAAUUUACUCUAAAUUAAUAAUGCGUCUGACUUAAAGUAAACCAAUCACUCAGAAUGUCUUAUUUAUCUUAGUUGUACAUGAGUUAAUAUUUCAUCCACAAUUAGAGAAAGUUCCUCAACUCCUCAGUGCAUGUAGUUGCAUAUUGACAUUCAUAUUAACAUUUUGGAGCGGUCAAAGCGUGAUGCCUUCCUAUAUUAUGUAAACAAAGAUUAAUAAUGUGCACUUAUAGAUGACCAAAGUUUCACUUGACUAACAAUGAACUGACAUUUGUGACAUUCUGACUUUCAGAAUUUGGAAAUAUCAUUGUGAUUAUUAUAAAAUGACCAAAAUGAUAUGGAUGACCACAUUAAUGUCACCACUACACAGUGGUUCCGUCAGUUCAUUUCAGUUCUUAGGAACAAUGCCACUGAGACUAAGGGUAGGAGUGUGCCAUACUUAAUUUUAAAGAUAAGGUUAAUUUGUGAUAAUAAUAUAAAUUUGAUGUCCUCCAUGUUGAAUGUACCUAUUGAAUGAGAUUAGGAUGAGGAGCUUCCCUUCCUAUCUGUUCUAAAUCCCUGAUAGUCACUGAGCUCGUGCCCCUGUCUGCACUCAGCUAGAGAUGGCAGGCUGCCAGCUCAAGGCAGUCCCUCAGCUAGUAGUCUUAUCUCCUCUGGAACAUUAUUUAUUCCAUUGUAGGGUUGGCUUUAUUAAAUGCCCACAUUAUUACUGAUGGAUGGCAGACUGAUUGCUAAGAGCAAACGACCAGAUAAGGAGGGAGAGAUGGAGACUGUGUGUUGGUGUGUGUAGUGUGUUAGUGCAGGCUGUGUGUGAGAGAAAAGAGAGAGUGUGUAGGUGUGUGUUAGAGGGAGAGAGAGAGAGAGAGAGAAGGAGCAAAACUGUAUGCAAUGUAUCGGGGUCAUGCUGCUCCAGAAAGUCAAAUGAAUUAGUAGACACCUCCAGGAAAUUACACUGUGACACGUGUGUAUGUGUGUGUGUGUGUGUGUGUGCGUGCAUGCACAUGCAUGCACUUGCAUGAUGCAUCAUGACUGUUUCCGUGUCUCUCCACUUGUCCCUUUGGGGGCCAUAAUGAACAGACAUGCUCUGCCAAUCAAGGUCAAGGUCAUGGCUGUGAUUAGUGCCAGACACGAGCAUCAUCCUGCUCUCUGAUGGGAGGCAACAAGCGUGUACCACUGCUGCCAGCUCCAUUAUCUGCCUGUGGAACCAUAUUUGUCCUUGUAUACCCAUGUUGAAAACAUUUGGCACUUUGCCACGAACUUGGUUUAUUGGCCAUGACUGUUUGAUUACGAUUAGAUGUUGCUUGAUUGUCACCUCCAGUUAGUUAAUUGAGGAACAGUCACCUGUAUGUUGCAUGCCUAGAUGUCACUAUUGUGGGAAACUAAAUUAGAAAUCAGGAGCAAUAUUUACUCAACACUUUACCAGACAACUCUAAUUCAGUUUAUUUUACCUGAUGUUAACCUAAUGACCACCUGAAGCUCACAAACAGCCAUCAGACCAUCAAAGGAAAACAGAAUAUACUGAAAAUAUAAGUAACACUAAGCAAAUUUAAAUAUUACUUCUAUCUAUCUAUCUAUCUAUCUAUCUUCUGAUUGGUUUAUUGUCCAACUACAACGCAACACAGCGCGCUAAUGAGUCCUUCACAGCGCGAGCUCGGCAGACUGCUCUCAUCCGCACAGCACAUCACCGGUGCCUGCUGCUGUUGGCUGACCGCUCUCUCUCUCUCUCUCUCUCUCUCUCUCUCUCUCUCUCUCUCUCUCUCUCUCUCUCUGUCCUCGUCCCCCUUCCCUCCACCCCCAUCUCGCGCACCUCCACCGGAGCCACCUCUUUGCCCAGCAGCACACUCCGAGCGACGACCAAAAAGAGACGAGACGACAAGAAAGGAAAAAAAAGCUGAGGGGCCAGCGGUGAAGGAAUAUGAAGUGAAAGAUGGACGAAUGAUGAGAGGACGGUUAGUCGGCAGACAGACAGGAGAACCGCUGUCGCAGAGGACGAAGAGGAGGAGGAGGAGGAGAAGGGACGGAGGAGAGGGGGGAAGCAGACACAUCUGCCGUGACUUCGGGGAUUUCUCUCCGGCUAAAGUGGGGAGGAAAAGCGGAAGACGCCACCUUCUUCGGAUGCCGAAAUUCACGAUGAGCGAGAGGAAUAAUUAACAUGUGUCGGAAUUACCGCGGUGGACCAACAUGUUGUCGAUUUUGGCGACCGUUGUCAUUUUGCUGUUUUGCAAUUUUGCCACUUAAAGCAACGCCUCCUUCAAAAUAGUUUUCUUUCUUUCUUUUUUUUUUUUUUGAAGCAUCUUUUUGGAGAGUGUUCAGCCUCCAGAGGAGCAGGUUGGAUUUGUUUUUUUUGGGGGGGGGGAGUAAAAGGAGGACGGCUUUUAAGAUGCGAUACCCCCACCACCUCCUCCCCCUUACAUAAAUGUUUGCGUGCCGUUAGUGCUCCAGUUCUCGGUCGACCCCCCCCCAACUCUGGUUGCUGAGUCUCACACGCAGACAGACGCAUCUCAUAUGCACACACAGACACAGACAGACCUGGACAUUAUCUCACGCGCACGCACGCACGCACACACAGAGAACUCAUAUGUAUACAUAAUUAUAUAGACAGACCUUAUCCCCCCUUCCCCCCUCACCCACCCAUCCCUCCACCAACCCUCUUACCCCACCCCCCACCCCCUCCACAAUCUGAUGACUCCCCGGCGUAGAGGUGGACGUGGUACGGAACCGGCUGUAGCAUCAUCAUCAUCAUCAUCACCACCACCAUCACCAUCACCAUCACCGUCCUCAACACCACCACUGUCACCACCACCACCACCAUCCUCCUCCUCCUCCUCCUCUUCCUCACCAUCACCAUGUCCUCGUCGUCGCGCAAGAUCUCCUCCGAGUCGUUCAGCAGCUCGGUGGGCUCGGACUGCGGGCUCGAGAGCCCCGGGGGAGACGGAGGGGACGGCGGUUUGGAGCCGGCGGAGGAGAGCCGAGGCUGCCCCUUCUCCUCCUUCCCCUCCUCCCACAGAGCGGUGCUCUGGAACGGCCGCAGCCUCGCCGAGAGGUCGGCGUGCCCGGCGGGCGAGGAGCAGCAAGGACCCGGUGGACCCCAUAAGAGGGUCACCAGGAGGAGACGGGUGAACCUGGACUCGCUGGGGGAGAGCCUGAGGCGACUGACCUCACCCACGACACAGACUGUUCAGGAGGCUCUACAGCGAACUCUACAAUUCUACAGACAACAAGAGAUCAGGUGUCAGGAAGUUGGCAGUGAGGAGAGACGACUAGAGAAGAGAGAGGAGAAAUGCCCAUUUCUUGAAAAUUCUGGUUCAGAGGAAGAUGUCCUACAAAUCCUACAGUACAUGGCCACCAUACUGGGAGUACCAUUCUGUGAGCUGCGAGAGCAUUUUGGAGAGGAGUUCUUUGGCCUCUGCUUUGAAGAAAAUGAACGAGUGCUUCGGGCUGUGGGCAGCAACCUCCAGGACUUCUUCAAUGGCUUUGACGCCAUUUUGGAACACAUUCGCACCUCCACGGGGCGUCGUGCCUCAUCUGAGAGCCCCUCCUUCCAGUGCAAGGAUCCCCAUGAGGAGGAGAAAGGCAGAAGAAAAUUGGACAAAGGUGGAGAGAGAGGAGAAAGAGAUGGAAGAGGGAAGGUGUUGCUUCUUCAUUGCUUCAACCCUGCUCCUGUCGUUGGAUUGGUCAUGCCGGGGUUGAUCAGGGCUGUUGCCAGGCGGAUCUUUCAUUCAGAAGUUGAGGUGGAGGAGGUGCCACCUCUAACUCCCUUAUUGCCCAAUGAAGAUGCGGAACACACCGAUGGUGACUCUGCGACCCCGACUCCAACUGCGUCCCCCACUGCCUCACCCUCCUCAUCCCCGUCCCCUCCCUCUCCUUUUCCAACCACUGUUCCCACAGUUUGCCUGUCCUUCCAAAUCCAGGAGACAUGCCCUCCUUCCCUCUCCUCUCUCUCAAAUGCUGCUUCAGUGAGCACCAAACGGCCCCCUGCCUCACUCUCCACCAACCCCAGUGAUCUGCGCAUUGGCCUGGCCACGUUUUGCCGUGCCUUUCCAUUCCACCUUGUCCUGGGGCCUCGCAUGGAGCUACUGCAGCUUGGAGAGGGACUCAGGAGACAGGCUCGCAUUGAGCCUCACCGGAGCCUCUCAUUCAGGGACUGUUUUGAGAUUGUCUCACCCAAGAUGGAGCCUUCAUUCCAGGGCAUCUUGCUGAGGCUUGCAUCCCCAUUUACCAUCCGCACCAGGCCCGAUACCACACAGGCUGGCACCAAGGAGAAGGUCAUGGAACUGAAGGGUCAGAUGAUCCAUGUGCCCGAGUCCUGCUCCUUGAUGUUUCUGGGCUCUCCACGUGUUGAUAAGUUGGAGGAGCUGAUGGGCAGGGGCCUCCACCUGUCAGAUAUCCCCAUCCAUGAUGCUACGCGGGACGUUAUCCUGGUGGGGGAGCAGGCUAAGGCCCAGGACGGGCUGAAGAAGAGGAUGGACAAACUUAAGGCCACGUUAGAACGCACUCACCAGGCGCUGGAGGAGGAAAAAAGGAGAACUGUGGAUCUCCUUUACUCCAUAUUUCCAGGUGAUGUGGCACAGAAACUGUGGCAGGGUCAGCCAGUGCCCGCUCGCAAAUUCGAUGAUGUCACCAUGCUGUUCUCGGACAUCGUGGGUUUUACUGCUGUGUGUGCCCAGUGCACACCCAUGCAGGUCAUCUCCAUGCUGAAUGAGCUUUACACACGCUUCGACUACCAGUGUGGCAUUCUGGAUGUUUAUAAGAUCGAGACAAUAGGUGAUGCUUACUGUGUGGCAGGAGGACUUCACAAGAAGGUUGAUAGUCAUGCAAAACCAAUUGCCCACAUGGCUCUGAAGAUGAUGGAACUUUCUGAGGAAGUGCUGACACCUGACGGGAAACCUAUUAAGCUAAGGAUAGGUAUCCACACAGGCUCAGUGCUGGCAGGCGUGGUCGGGGUGAAAAUGCCACGUUAUUGCCUGUUUGGGAACAAUGUGACGCUGGCAAGCAAGUUUGAAUCAGGCAGCCAUCCAAGGUGUAUCAAUGUCAGUCCCACAACUUACCAGUUGCUAAAAGACGACCGCUCUUUUUCAUUUGUCCCUCGUUCACGACUGGAGCUCCCCGAGAAUUUUCCCAAAGAGAUCCCAGGGACCUGUUACUUCCUGGAGGCAGGGACGUCUCACAGUCAUGCCUCACUGACCAGCUCUCGCUCUGCUCCCCCGGCCUCCAUGAGAAAAGUCUCCUACAGCAUUGGGACCAUGUUUCUAAGAGAAACAAGUUUGUAGGUCCCACACACAAGUGUAGGCUGCAGAUAUUCAUUAUUUGAGAGGAUGGAUUUGAACCUGGGGAACAUGCAGGGGACCAAUCGCUUGGAUCACUGGAUAUGCAGCUGCAUUAUGUGGAAACUCAUUCAGGCCUGUGGGAUAGUCUGUAUGAAUCAAACUAAAAAAAAAAAAAAAUGCUCAUCAUAGGUGAAAAAGAACAACACACCCUCAUCUCCCAUAUGCAAGGGAGAUAUGGUUCAAAAGACUUGAGAAACAGCAACUGUGCUUGUCUUACAUGGACCCUUCUCCAAGGAAGUGUACUGAUGGUGAUAGUCAAGAAACCUUAUUAUAAAACUUAAUAUCUAGCUGGAUUCCUCAGCUCCAUACCUGGUGUUCAGCUCUCUCCACUGGUCUUCUCUCCCAAAAGGCACCCUGACCUGGGUCUAGAGACAACAAAGCUUGGAGAGAGACUAUUUACACGACCAGUGUUGCAAUGGAACUGCACAAAUAGAACAAAUCCACUUUCCGUUAACAGAGUGGAUGCUGAGGAAUGAAGAUGUAUGCGCUUUUGGAAGAUGGCAACAUUGACCCAAAUGUUUGCUGUGCAUCAUGGCCUCUUGUACAAGGAAGACCAUUGCUGAAGAACAAUACAACUCCCCUUCCUCCCCUUCCAACUGUCCCUAAAUCAUGUCAUGCUUUAAUUAACAUAUUCCUACCGUCUGCUGCUUGUUACAUCUAUCUGUCAACUUAGGACCAGUUGGUUGGGGUGGGGAGAGAAAGUGUGAGGCGCAAAUAAGGAAACAGGUUUGAAAAAGGGGUUGUUAAGGGACAAAUGCCAAAAAUGCUAAGCUGAUCUUAGAGCCUUUUCUGCUUCUAACCCACAGCAAACUAUAACCAACAACAAAUCCAGCCAUUUCAUUGCAGGUAAUAUGUUUAGGACUGAAAAUUAUUCCCAGCUCAGUGCCUUUUUACUGCUCAAAUCAGGACAAAUACAAGAUGGAUUAAUUUGAAAUAUUUGACAAGAAAAAAAUAUAUAUGCAGGAGCACUUCAUUUAUCUUAUGUUUGCUCUCAUUUGAAGAUGUUUUUGUGACAUUUCUGUAUAAUUAGCUAAACUGAGGAAUGAAGGAUUUUACAUGUGCCAAAGUUUAUGAGCCACAUUUGUACCUGUGAUCUUGAAAGUCACAGGCACAUAUCCCAUUGAGCAACCAGGAGUCCCAGCUAGUUGUGUAUUUUACUUUGAGACAGUCAUGAGUGGCUAGCAAAAUAAAUCAAGUGCUCCUCAAAGAGAUCAAAUAUUUUAAAUUCUUUUUAUCUGUUUUUUUUUUUUUUUUUGUCCAGCUCAACCAAUAAUACACGCACUAUAGUACUAAUAAUAUAGUACUAUACUAACUUGUACAUGUAGUCACAGUUUGCACGCUUGACACGGUUCACAUUUACAUAUAUAAUCUUUUUUGAUUGUAUUGUUUUUUUUACCACACAGAUAUAUAAAAGUAUAUACUAGCCCCUUUCAAAUCUAACAGGAUUUAAAAUGAAGUCUGCUGGUUUGUUGGUAGACUGAGGAUGAUAUACUCAGUGGAAAUCUCAGGCCUUCCAAAUACUUCAGCGUAGCUCAGUAACCCAGACAUGGGAAAGUAAAUGUCAGGAGUUUUUGUCUUAAGAAAAUCUUCAUAAACAUUAUGACAUCAUAAAGCAGGAAGUGAGGGAAGUUGGAUAGUCUCUGAAUAUUUUACUGACUUGGCACAUUUGGGUAUUUACAUUACAUUGCUGCCAUUGUUUGAUUCUUACAGGCCCAUAGAGAAAAGAAAAUAUUGUAGGAGGCACUAUUUUACAUGAAAUAUUACAUUUUUCAUGUUGAUAGAAAUGUUUAUAUGUUAAAUGUUUAUAUAAGAGGUACACAGACAUUUGUCAUCAUCACAUCUGAAUAUAACUUAUUGUUGAUGAUAAAAAAAAAGCAUCAUAAAAUGGCUUAACUUAAUGACAAAAUAAUUAAAGUGUUAAUAACUGCUCUUCAAAAAGGCAAAAUAAAAUGGGAAUAGCACAUUGCAAUUUCACUACAUCUUGGCAAAUGACAUACUGGUUGCCGAUCAAAUGUGCCACUUGAAUUCUGAGACCCCACCAGCGUAGGCUAAUCUUGUUUUGUAAGUAAAGGUUUGGUUCCUGCUGGUAUUUCAAUAGCCAAACUCACUGGCCUUGGCUGGAACAGGAGCACUUGCUGGCUAUUCUAUUUUGUGUAAAACACAGCUUGUGGGAAAACAUCAGGAUAAUUUACUUCAGACACAAAAACACCCACCUAGCCAAAAGUUUGACUCACUGAGAUUGACACCAGCACAGCAAAGUAAUGUGCCAUAUUAGAGGAAAAGAUGGGGAAGUCAAAAGAUUAACUUUGAACUACCAGUGUGAACCACAGAUGAACCAGAGAUGGGUUACAAGUGUUAGAAAACGUUGGUUAUAGUUCAUUAUUGCCAUUAGAUUCUCUGACAGCAGUAGCAUCAGAAACGCUUGCACAUUAACAGCAUGUUCUGUAAGGAUCCUGAUGGUAAUGAAAAUAGACAAUUUUGCUAAGAAAGAAAACGCAAAUAUAUUUUUGAGAAUAUUUUUUCCAUUUACCCCAUACUUAUCCAUAUUCAUUAUAAACAAAAAUAACUCCUAUUUUUAAUUGUUUCUUGUCAGAGUAUACUAUGCAGUAUAGAACUAACAGUGGAGUAGAUAUAAUAACACCUAAAGAUGAAUCUGAUCUGAUCAGCAUAACACAUGGGAGCAUAGUUUUUAGCCUAAAAAUCAGGAAUUGUAACACAAGAAAAUAUGUGUAUCAACAAUGAACUGGGUGCCAGUGUUUAGUGGGCCGACCUUGUAAUCUUAAGCCUAGGCAAAGUAUCUUUACUGAUUUAAAGACAAGUGUUAAUUCAAAAUUUAAGUCAGUAGAUUAAUUUUAGUGGAGGUUUGCUUCACCUCUUAGAAAGCAGCAUAAUGUCGCCCACACUUUAACGCUUUGUCGCAAGAAAGCCAAAACAGUUCAUGAGACCAAAAGGUCUAUAACAUUCAUACUUCUGUGUUUUUAUAGAGAACCAGAAUCUGCAACAGCCACCUGGUACAUCCUGUAUAUGAGUAAAUCAGUGGUUCAAGAGGUUUAGCACUUUGACCUCUCUCUUUAUAGUAACACUGACAUGCCAGCCCAGCACAAGUAAAUUCUGGUUCGGUAUAAAUUGCUAACUACACUAGAGAAUGGGUCACCAGGUUUUCCAAGAACCUGAAGGAAGUUUCUGAUGGGGAAAGUGGACACUGUUUACUUUAUGAAAACACCAGUUUUGGCAGAGGCAUCUGUAGUGUCUUUGGCUCUGUUUUACUUUUAUUAAAAAUCUCAUAUGGACAAAUAAUCCCAUAGCCCGUAGCCCCUCAUGUUUGAUGUUACUCAUCGGAGAAGAUGUAAAGCGACAUAGCCUCAUGCUGCAGGAUUCAACAUUUACAGUGCACUCAAGUCCAGGAACCAAGCAGACAAAAUUAGAUAAGAGGAAUUCCCAAUGAAUGACAGUCAGUAAUGACUACAGUGUUAACAGUGAUAGCCAUGGUUGCUAUUUUAGCUCACCAGCUGCAGUUGCAAACCUAUUUGACUACACAAGUUGAAUAUAAAAUUGCACAAGUGUAAACCAUGUUAAAUCCACUAUUGGAAAAAAUGUGCAUGGACAGUACUUUAGCUAUUCUAUCCAGUUUGACAGUUGUGUUAUUGAGCCUGGGGUAGGUUUUCCCAUGGCAGGUUUUCACAUAUAGAGACGCACAAGUGCUCUCUGACUGUCAUCCCACUUGUCUAUACUGCAUACAUGCAUAAAUGUGCACUUAAUAAAAAUAUUGUAGCAUAAAUGUAGUGCAGGUGUCAUUUACACUCAAUUUCAGCAGUGCCUGAAUUCUGCAUCAAGGCUAAAUAAAGGACAUUAUACCAGUGUUACACCCACACAACUUGUGUCCAACGCUCAAGUCUCCAAGUGUGUGAAAUCCCUGGCAUAAUAUUAGACAUUUGGUCAGAUCUUACAAGUCUUGCUGUUAUGAUGCGAGUGUUGCAGGUACUGGUUCUCUAACAGUGUUGUUGUCAGUCACGGACCAUUACACUGCAGUGCAUACUGUAGUUGACUUACUCAUACACAGACACACAUCACAGUUACAUUGGCAAUACAACCGAGCUGUACUGUAUAAGCUGUCAAACGGUGAGCACAGACAAAUGUCACGAGCCUGAGGUAAGUGUGGGCGGGUCCAGUGUGCAGUGAGACAUAGCCAAAUACAUCGGUAACUCCAGCAACUUUGUCUGCCUGUGUGAGUCUGUCCGUCUGUGUGUGUGUGUGUGUGUGUGUGUGUGUGUGUGUGUGUGUGUGUGUGUGUGUGUCAAACAAUAUGAUAACAUCUUGUGUGUGGAAGUGUACAUAAUAAUUUGUUAAUAAAGGCCUAGUGUACCUGUAACAAAUCUGUACAAUUUAGAUCUAUUUAAUAUAUUCAAACUGAAACAUGGAAAUUGUAAUACAAUUAUAUAGCUUUUUUUUUGUAUAAUUCACAAAAUGGCUUGACUUUUUCACAUUUUCCACUGCUUUGUUGUCCUUUUUCUAUUUCAGCCAGAUACAUUAUGUCAGUAUGUGUUCCAUCUAAAGCCAGGUUGGUUUUCCCAACAUGCAAGUGUCCCACAAAACCCUCCUACCCUCAAGUAAUGUCCUUUUUUUAGGAAAAAUGGUAGAUUUUUCAUUGUUACUAUUGUAAUUUUUUCAUUCUGCAUCACAUUUUGAAUAAUUUUCUUUAAUGAUGGAUUUAUGAGACAUUUUCUUCAACGGAAUGAGCAUGACACUGUCAUUUUUAUUGAAAAAUAAAGUUGCUUAACAUAUGUUUUUUGCAGGACAUUGUUAUAAAAAACUGUCUUGUUGCCAAGAUCAACUUCAUCCCCACUGACUUACAGUACAGCGGGUCUAAGCUGAUGGGAAACUGGUCCCUAUUGGUUUAACAUUAGCCUGGUUUCAACAGCAGAAACAAACACGGUUGAUGCUUGUCAUCCAUGUCCAGGGUCCUCAAAAAAACUCAGCUCCAAGAGAGGAUACACACUACUCCACUGAUGUUCAACCUGUAAAGCUUCAUCCACAUGAGAAUAGUAGCUUUCAUAACAUUUGCUCAUCAGCUUAGUUUAAAACAAAUUAAGUAUCAGACCUCACUUUGGGACUUGCUGUCUGAUGUCACGUGUCAAUCUGGUCAGUAUUUUGUACUUUGGUGUCAUGUUAGUAAACACAGAGAGCCCGUCCCUGGACAUGAACCCUGUUUGAAGCUGUUGGAAUCAGGUGUGUAUGUGGAAGAGGCUUGAUGACAGCUGUUGGUUUCUGACUGACAUUAAGGGCACAUCUUCUGUCUUAUAUGAUGUAAAUAAAAAAACACCAAGUAUCUUUAAUAAGGAAGAAAGACUGGCUGUUUCUGUGUAUACAAACAUUUAUACAUUGAGUAUGUGUGAUAAAAGUGAUUUCUCUUUUUGUCAAGUGUGUGUAGAUCACAUUGAUAAUGACACAAAAGUGCACCUACAGAUUCCAUAACAGACUGUUCCA